AUGUAUUGGGUGAGAGGGGACAGGGCUAUGGGUUACGGACUGGUGGGUCGGAGUGCGAGUGUGGGUCAACACCUGCGCCCACAUGUAAUGGUUAACUAGGUGAUGGCCACUGACUUCGUACGGGAGCACCGGUGCACCAGUUAUGGAGGGGUACGCGGCUCUGGCAUCAAGCGAAAGGUGUCGAUCUGCGAGGGGGUGGUAGUGAUGGGUCCGCCACCCAAGAGGGUCAUGGGGCCCAUCAGUCCCAUGCAAAAGGUCCCAUCCAUGGGCGACCUCUUGGAAGACAGCUCAUCCAUGGGUGAGUCCAUUCACACCACC